ACGUCCGCUGGGGGUGUUUUCAAAAUAAAAACCCGUUUGCCACAAGUCAGCACGGGUGGCGAGUAAAGACUCCCAGCGGGGCUUUUAUUUUUAAAGGCAAAAAUGGCUACAUCCGGCGCAGUUACUCCUUAGCUCGCCCGCUCCCGCUAGCUUGACGAGCUAACGACUCCGAUUUCCCCGGGGAAGCGCAAAGAGAAGCUGCUGAAUAUUUGAUUACCUCAUGAGGCUGAAACCCUGAUUUUUAUCCCCUGUACAGUUGAAAGGGUGGAAACAGGAGACGGUGACUGGCUGCUCUGUCCGUCCACUCACAGGUCCUUUAGGAGGAGAAACUCGGCUAAAGGCCCGGACGAGACACAAUGGGCGUCUAUGACACACACACAGGCCGACAGACAGUUCAACGGGUCCUCGGAGCAGAUAAGUCGUCCCCACACAGACCAGACUGAGGGUUCAGUGCUAUUGACCCAACGAGAAAGCACAACCACUGAGCCUCACCACCUUGAAUGGCCUUGUUGAAAGAGAGAAGCCAUAAAUUGGCGGAUGAGCAGUGAGGGGAGACUCUGCCUCCCCCCCGUCCCCGUCUGCCACCUCCCUCUCUCCCCACUGUCUCACAUGCAAUCUCUUUCUUCCCUUUACCAAGUCGUGGUUUCCAUCUCACCAAAACCCCUUUUUCCCCCCUGAAUGUUUAAAAAGAUGAAAGGAUAAGGAGAAGAAUGGAGACAAAAGAGGGGAGGUUUGUGUUACAACCCUGCCCCUGAGAGACCGCUCAUGAAAGAGUUUGGGGAUGGGAGAGAAGAUAGGGACCGAGAGAGGAGAGAAGACACAGAAACAGAGCAGGGGGUCAUGAAAAGAGGGGUUUUUCAAACGCCGGGCCGCUAAAACGGGUCAAUUCUGCACAGACAGGCCGACUAAAGUGCCGUCUUCACUGAGGGACGGAGACAUUUAACACUGUCAGUGCCCACAUUUACCUGCACUCGUCUCCAAAAAAAACACGCACACGCUGUCAUUCCCAAUUGUAUUCAAAUUACAGUAGCAGCAGAAGAAUUAUACUUCGCAGAAUCCUCUGCCUGAUUCUAUUUACCAUUAAUGUUUCCAACACACACACACACACACACAGAAGUCUCCCUCGCGGCAUUCCUCCCUCUCGGCAUUUAGUGUCAGUCACUUGGAAUCCUGUCAACCCUCCCACCUUUCUCUCUACCUCUCGCGUCUUUGUCUGAACUUGUCCUGCGUGCACUUAGAUAUUUCCGCCUGAGGGAGCAUCGGUGAGAGUUCGACUGAGCCGGGAGAACAGAGAGCAGGAGAAAGUUGUUAGCUGAGCGGCGGCCGAGACGAGAGUGGCGGUCAAAUAAAGACGACGAUUGGGGGGCAGGGACGCAGCAAAGCACCGGCUUUCACAGCCUGUUGACCUCUUGCUCUCUCUCCACCACACACACACACAUCAGAUGUCGUGCUGCAAUCACUGUCACAGUCACAUUAAAAGAUUUUCUAAAUCCUUGCGUCACUAAAAAGUUGAGUCACUGUCAGCGAGCACAAACAUUCUCUUUAGGGAUUUGUCUUUGCAUGGCCCGCACAGAUUUCCAGGACAAUUAUUUAAGCCGCAUAAAAGAAAAGAAAAAUCGUUGUAAGGCACCACCUUGCUUUGUACAUGUGGAAUUUUUCAAAAGCCUUCUGGCAAAAAAAAGAAAAUCUCACUCACUCACUGUGUGUCAAAUACUGUGAUAUCACCUCUACUCUGUCCGCUUCUCAUAUUGCGAUUUAAAAAAAAACACUGACGUGUUUCCAGAUGUCUGUUACCUCCGACCUCCGCUGAUGAAAUCUUUCCCACAUCAUCAUCAUCAUCAUCUCACAUCAACGUUUGGACAUCCUCCUUCAUCUGAAACACGGAUCAGAGCGUAAUUGGGAGCAGAGCCACCGGGUCAGGGCGUCAAUUACCGAGCCAUGACCUCCCACGAGGUGCCUGCUGUCACCCCUUCAUCAUCAUCUUCACACACUCUCUCACUUUCUCCACCUGGCAACGCCUCCUGGAAAACGCCGCCACCGCAGCAACAGCCGCCAGCCGUGGUGGCAAACAGCUGAGGGGGGCCAGGGUCAAAGAUGACGCAAAGACUGUGACUUCGCCUCGUGUCGCCUCUUCAUCUCCACAUCACUCCUCUCUCUCUCCCCCGAUGCCUCGCUCUCCUCAGACAGGGGACAGAGUCACACAGCAGGCAGGAUGACAAACCAGGCGACGGCAAACCAGUCCAACGCAAACAAGGCGAAGGAGAAAGAGGAGAGCCAGCGAGAUGACAACACGGAGGUUGCGUAUAAAGACGCCGGCCACUGCAGCCGCGACACCCACAACCUGCUGCUGGGACUCACUGUCAUGGGGGUCGUCAUGGGCGCGGUGUUUGGGAUGCUGCUCCGCUACACAAAGGUGACAGACACCAACACGCUCACUAUGGUCUCCUUCCCCGGAGAAAUCCUCAUGAGGAUGCUGAAGAUGCUCAUCCUGCCGCUCAUCAUCUCCAGUCUCAUCACAGGACUGGCUGGUUUAGACGCCCGCUCCAGUGGCAGGAUGGGCAGUAGAGCCAUGGUCUACUACAUGUCCACCACUGUCAUCGCUGCCGUCCUCGGGGUCAUCCUGGUGUUGGGAAUCCACCCAGGGAACCCCAAACUGAGGGGGGGCAACAUGUCGAGCCAAGCCCCAAGGAACCAGGAGGUCAGCAGUCUGGAUGCCUUCCUCGACCUGAUCCGGAACCUCUUCCCUGAGAACCUGGUGCAGUCCUGCUUCCAACAGGUUCAGACGGUGGCGAAAACAGUGUCCGUUCCAGCACCGAACCAAACUGAGCCCAUUCUAGUGAACAUGAAGAAACUGGAGUAUAAAUGGGGCAUGAACGUUCUUGGUUUGAUCGGCUUCUUCAUCACGUUUGGGAUCUGCAUGAGCAGGAUGGGCGAGCGGGGGAAGGUCAUGUGUGACUUCUUCAACAUCCUGAAUGAAAUCAUCAUGACGAUGGUCUCCAUGAUCAUGUGGUACUCUCCCGUCGGCAUCGCCUCUCUGAUCGCGGGGAAGAUCGCGGCCAUCGGGAACCUGGAGGUGGUGGCGCGGCAGCUGGGCAUGUACAUGGUGACCGUGAUCGUGGGCCUGGCCAUCCACGGAGGUUUGAUCCUCCCCGCCAUCUUCUUCGGCAUCACCAGGAAAAGCCCCUUCACGUUCUACUCUGGAAUCUUCCAGGCCUGGAUCACGGCGCUGGGCACGGCCAGCAGCGCCGGGACGUUGCCUGUCACCUUCCGCUGCCUGGAGGAGAACCUGAAGAUCGACAAGCGCGUGACUCGCUUCGUCCUGCCCAUCGGUGCCACCAUCAACAUGGACGGCACCGCGCUGUAUGAGGCCGUGGCGGCCAUCUUCAUCGCCCAGAUGAACGACAUUACCCUGGACGGUGGACAGAUUGUAACGGUCAGCAUGACUGCCACUCUGGCCAGCGUUGGAGCUGCCAGUAUUCCCAGUGCUGGACUGGUGACCAUGCUGUUGAUCCUGACGGCCGUCGGUUUGCCCACUCAGGACAUUAGUCUGCUGAUUGCUGUCGACUGGCUGCUUGACAGAAUGCGUACCUCCAUCAAUGUGGUGGGUGACUCGUUUGGUGCCGGCAUCGUGGACCACUUGUCCAAGGCGGAGCUCGCCGAAAUUGACGCAGCGGAAAUGCAAAUACUCCCGCCAAUGGAGGAGCUAGAUUUCAUCCCACCACCGCCGAUCCUCACAGAGUUGGACCUCAUGGACCCUCUGAAACCGCCCGAGCUGCCGCCCCGCUCCCCCCGCCCACCCAAACAGAACCACCACGGGCACAUCCUCUCCCAUUCCCCGUCAGUCGCUUACUCGCCGUCCCCUUCUGUCUGCUCCCCAUCACCCCGCUCCAUCCGCUCCCCCUCUCCGCGCUCUGUAUGCUCCCAUUCUCCCCGCCCCUUCCGCACUCAUUCACCGUGUGUCCUCCACAGGUCAGAGUCGGGCUACUGUCCUCUGCCCAGCCAUGAAAACCAGAUUCCCACGCUCCCUCGCUGCUACAGGGAGAGAGAGAGGGAGCGGGAGCGGCAGCGACUGACGAGAGAGAGUGAAACCGAGGAGGACGAGGAGAGGGUUUUUGGAGGUGAAGUGAGCGACGGCGAGGAGAGCGAUGACACAGCGUAUGACCGGAGACAUGCCAUCCCACCGGGCGACCUGCCAUGAUCGGAUUUUACCGCCAGCAGAAAGCUUCCCCUGCCAAAUUGUUUCAGUUUUCACGACACAUCCUCCCCCACUUUAGCACACACAGCUCUGCCAUUUCAGCCAGUGGACGUCCACUGUGGAUCUCUGGUCAUUUAUAUAAAUUUUAUCUGGGUCAGAAUUGAUUAAUAACUUGAUUAACAAGGCAAUCAGAGAUGAUAGACUUCACCCCAUUCACACAACAAGUCUCUGUCGGCCUCUGUUGGUCAUAUUGGCAAGUGCAGAAACACAAACAGACAGAGCCACUAAAAAUAAUACUUCAGUCACAAACGUGACCUUUUUGGGUGAUUUUGGACGAGAUACUUAACAAUGACAUUUGGUGACUUUUUGGACGACAUACUAAACUAUGACUUUUUUGACAUAUUUUGGACGACAUACCAAACUAUUACUUUUUUGACACAUUUUGGACGACAUACUCAACUAUGACUCUUUUGUCUAAUUUUGGAUGAGAUACUAAAGUAUGACGUUUUUGUCAAAUUUUAGACGACAUACUAAAGUAUGACGUUUUUUAAAACAUUUUGGACGACAUACUAAAGUAUGACUUUUUGGUGACUUAUUUUUAUCAGAGUUUAAGAGUCUCAAAGUUUAUCAUUAGUGUGUACAGUGGUCCCUCACUAUAACACGGUUCACCUUUCGCAGCCUCGCUGAUUUUUUUUUUGUACAAUUUUGCAUGCUUUUUUUACAGCGUACAACGCGCAUUGUGUUCUGUGUCCUGAAAAGGACUAAACUAAUGCUAAACUAUGACUUUUUUGUUACAUUUUAGACGACAUCCUAAAGUAUGACUUUUUUGUCAAAUUUUGGAUGAUAUACUAUAGUAUGACUUUUUUGUCACAUUUGUGACGACAUACUAAACUAUGACUUUUUCUUGUCAAUUUGGACGACAUACUAAACAAGGCAAUCAGAGAUGGCUGAACCCCAUUCACGCAACAAGCCUCUGUCGGCCUGUAUGUGUAACAGACUUUGUGGCGCAACGGUAGCGUCUGAUCAGACGUGUUCAAAUCCACGUCAGGGUCAAAAUUCUUGCUGUUGUACAAGCAAGUGCGGAAGCACAGACACACACACACAGAGCCACCAAAAACAAUACUUCACUCCCACUGCAGAGCCAAUUCUUCAUCCUCUGACUAAACCCUGAAAAAAGUGACAACUUACAAGAAGACACAGGCCUGAGCUAGCUCGCUAGUUAGCAUGCUAACUUCAGUAGCUGAAAUAAGACAUGAUGGAAUAAUGGAGGCAUUAAAAUGUUUAAAAAAACCUCUCGUUUGACGCUUCAUGCACAGCAAAUAAACUGCUGUUGAUGCUAAUGUGGUUUAGCAUUGACAAAAAAGUUGCAUGUAGCACCUUCUAGCACCUUCAAGUUCUAGCACGGCUCAGCUCUACUGCUUCUCCAUCAGUGACAGUACCUGGUACCUGGUGGGGUUUUUUCAGUACCUGCUCCGAUGGGGUUCCAAGUGAGCGGAGCCGAUACUAAAAUAUGACAAAAAGUAUCGUCCAAAAGUAUCGUCACUGGAAGAGUCAUGAGCGCGAUGUCUGACACAAGAAUCAAAGCCAACAAUGUCCAACUGUAGAUCAGUUAAAAAGACUUAAAAAUCCUGAAAACAUGCGUUAAUCUCUAACAUUUAGCAAAGGAAGAGGAGUCUGGUGUAUUUAGCGACGGCACUGCUGAAAGCUGGUGACCACUUUCAGUGGUAUUUCAGUUUAGUGAUUCAUGAUUCUGUGAACAAAUCUUUUUAAUCAACUGAUUCUAAUGGUUCAGUUAUACCCAAAACAACUGCUUUACAAGUCACUAGUUUGUGUGGUGUUUGUGUCGCGUAGGAAAAAAAUACGUCACAGCAGUUUCACACAGCCGUUGCUAUGAC